AUGACCACUCCACAGCGCCGCAAGCUCCGCAACGAGAACAUCCCUCACAACUUUAUCCAGAGUUGGCAAUGCCCUGCGGCUGAUGGUGUACGGCCAGUAGUUCGCCGACCAAUCACCGCCUGUGAAUCAUGUCGCACAGCGAAGGUCAAGUGUACUGGGAAUCAGAGCACCUGUGAUCGAUGCACUAGUCGGGGAAUCCCCUGCAGAUACACCGCACCCUCCUCCACCAGCUCCUCGAGUCCUCGAUCUACUGACUCUCCUGGGCAUCCGAAGAACGUCGAUAGCUCGACGACAUCCAGCAGUCAGUCGACCGCCAGCGGUAAUACCUCGCUGUCUAUAGCCAAGCCGUCAGCGGUUCCGAUGUCCAUGGACUGGGGAAUGGAUACUGCAUAUCCCCUGGGUCUCAACGAGGAGAUCCGCGAGCAAGACCUCAAUCCCAUGGUUGAGUGGCCAAAGGAGAUGUCCAAUUAUCUCUUUGACUGGUCCUCCCUAGAUCUGUCCCAUAAUGCGAUUGACUCCCCAAAUAGCCUAUCGACAGAGGAUAUGCAUGUCUUCCAACCACUGGCGGCACAGACGUCUCCAUCGACAAACCAGAAUGGUAGCCCCAAUAUCACGCCGGCCGCCUCCGUGCCACUACAGAGCCCGCUGCCACCACAGGGAAGCUGCCAAUGCCGCACGGAUCUCAUGCUUCAGGUUCCCGAGGUCAACAACGCGAUGCAAGCCAAGCCACACCCUCAUCUGGACCGAAUCUUCAAGGUGACGGGCAACGUUCUCGGGGCGUGUCGGGAUCUCAUCAAGUGUGCGAGCUGCCAAGUCAGCUACGCAGACCUCGUCUGUAUUGUGGCAGUCCUUCAACAAACAGGGACAUGCUUCGAGCACAUCGCCAGUGGAGGCCUGGUGGCUAGUGCUAUCAAGGUUUGUGUUGGCCAAUAUGAGGUCCCCAUCGCCAACGAAAUCAAGCUACGGCAUAUGCUCGUCAUGGAUCUGGUAGCCCAGGCCAACUGUUUAUUGUCUCUCUUGCGCAAUCGAGGUCAGAGCCUGGUGGAGUCGCAGCCAGCCACGCGUGACCGCCUCACGCAGAUCAAUAUAGACUACAUGCAGGAGGUUGUUAAGAGCUUCGAACAUACGCUGCGAUUGAUCGCCGACUCACUUGAGAAACCAGCAUCGGAUGGGGGAACGAAUUAG